UUGAUUUGAGAGAAGACCAGACCGGAAAUCGUUGUUUCCUUGGUAACCCCUGAGCGGGUUGCCGGGGACCUGACCCCUUUUGGUCUCUUUGAAUCUCUGCUGUAACGUCAUUUCUAACGCAGAUCUCACAGAUUCUGGCCUGUCUCCUGCCAUGAUUCCCGGGAAAUACCGCUCUGUUUCUGGCCGGGCUCCGAACAACGUGAACUGUGGGCUUCAUCUGGUUAUUCAAACAUCACCUCUUCCUGAAAAAAACAAAGUUGAAUUCAGGCUAAAUAAAGAAACAGCAUCAUUCCCUGGUCGACUCUUACAACAUGACCUUGAAAGAAACUAUUCAAGUAGACAAGGUGAUCAUAUUAAUUUGGUGAGCUCAUCAGCGCCAUUUCCCAUUCUCCAACGUUCUUCUGAAGAGAAAAUUCUUUACUCAGACAGACUGACCCUAGAAAGGCAAAAGCUGACUGUAUGUCCUGUUAUUGAUGGGGAAGAACACCUUCGUUUAUUGAACUUUCAACACAACUUUAUAACUCGAAUCCAAAAUAUUUCUAAUCUACGAAGGCUAAUAUUUUUGGAUUUAUAUGAUAACCAGAUUGAAGAAAUUAGUGGGCUUUCUACUCUGAGAUCCCUCCGUGUCCUUCUGUUGGGGAAAAACAGAAUCAAGAAGAUCUCAAAUCUGGAGAAUCUAAAAAGCUUAGAUGUCUUGGACCUUCAUGGAAAUCAGAUUACCAAAAUCGAAAAUGUCAAUCAUUUGUGUGAUUUGAGAGUUUUAAACCUUGCCAGGAACCUUUUAAGUCACGUUGAUAAUCUUAAUGGGCUGGAUUCACUAACUGAACUUAACCUGCGACACAAUCAAAUCACUUUUGUGAGAGAUGUGGAUAAUUUGCCCUGCCUCCAACGUCUGUUUCUCAGCUUCAACAAUAUAUCUAAUUUUGAGAGUGUUUGCUGCCUUGCUGACUCCACUUCUCUCUCAGACAUCACUUUCGAUGGCAAUCCCAUAGCUCAAGAGUCAUGGUACAAACACACUGUCCUUCAGAAUAUGAUGCAGCUGCGCCAGCUGGAUAUGAAGAGAGUUACGGAAGAAGAAAGACGUAUGGCAUCCGUUGUAGCCAAAAAAGAGGAAGAGAAGAAGCGGGAAAGUCAUAAACAAUCCUUGCUCAAGGAGAAGAAAAGGUUAACAAUUAACAACGUAGCACGACAGUGGGACUUGCAACAUCGAGUAACCGACAUUGCUACAAACCAUGAUAGAAAAGAUUCUGACUCUCCUUCUCAGGACCCCUGUCUGAAGGAUGGAAGCACCACCUCUGCAUUUCCAGAGGAAACGGGGUCUCUGGACUCAGUACUCACCAAUGCUUUACAAGGUUUAUCUGUCACAGACACACACCUUGUUGAACUGGACGGGGACACGCUUUUCCUGUAUGGCUCAGGCGCACUGGAAUCUCUAGAUCGGAAUUGGAGUGUUCAAACAGCAGGGAUGGUGACAACAGUGUCCUUCACUUUCAUAGAAUUUGAUGAAAUAGUCCAAGUGCUUCCCAAAUUGAAGAUGAAGUUCCCUAAUUCUCUGCACCUUAAAUUCAAGGAAACAAAUCUUGUAAUGCUGCAGCAAUUCAAUGCAUUAGCACAACUCCAUCGCAUUGACCAGUUGACAAUUGAUCCUCAAGGAAAUCCCGUUGUCAAUUUUACCCUCUGGAAAUACUAUGUACUGUUUAGGCUGAGCCAUUUUAAUAUGCAGAAAGUAAAUGGGACAGAGGUGACACAGAAUGAUAUCAUAAUGGCUGAGAGGCUCUUUGGAAUGCUAGCUCAUGUAGCAUCUUCCGAGUUACCCCAGUACCGUGUGAUUUCAAUUCUGGGUGAUGCCAGGAAGAAGCAAUUUCGGUAUCUGCAAAAAACCAAGGGGAAAAAGCCUGGUAUUAUCAAUGAAGAAAAUAAUGAUAGCAAAAAACUUGCAGGAGAAAACACAAAUCGUGCUAUGCUAACUUAUACCACAAGAGACUUUUAUAAUGAAAAGCUAGAGGAAACAAAGGAAAAAAAGAAAUUCUGCAAGAUGUAUAUAGAGGACCUUGUGAAGGAAGCCACAGAAAUCAAUGUGAAAAAGGAGGCUUUGCAGAAGCUUUGGCCACAGAUGUUCAUCGAGCUAGUUAGGGAUGCAGUCAUCGAAACUCGCAAUACAAAUUCCUACAUGAAGCAUUGCCUACAGCAGAUAACUGACCAAAAAUAGAAAUGGCUUAUAGUUACAGCUGAUUUUAGCAGUUUUAUGUUCUUGAAGGCUGAAAACAUGUAGGUUAAGUAAAUUAAGACAGCAGCAACACUAUCCUACAAACCGGGACGCAUCAAAUCAUUAUUACCUACUAUUCUCGUAGUUCAAGGUUAGGAAUCAAGAGACAGGCAGGCCUAGUUUCCUAUGUAUGAGGACCAAACUACCUUAGGGAAUGAGCAGUGCGUAGACCCGGCCUGGGCCUGGGCACCGCACUGCACCUGCAGCUCCUGCUCCACUGGUGCCCUGCUGAGGCCCAGAGGUGGAGGGAGGCUCUGCCCAUGGUUUGGCAUGAGUUGCUACUACUGUCUUUCAGCCCAUAAUUUCCAGUUAUUUGCCUUUUUAUUUUAUGUCAUGAUUUCAAAGCCAAAAAUAUGUUUUUUUAUAAGUUUAUUAAACUUACUAAUAAAUUAGU